UUCACAGUAGUUCCCGUGCAAUUCUGCCACUGCUGCCACAACGCGUGUGGUGGCACGCCCCAGCCAGGGGAAGGCUCUUCCCCCGGACAAGGCUCUCUCUGACCUGCCGGCGGGAUUUUUAGCAUUAGAAGGAGGCGAGUUCCGCGAAGGAGCCGCGGAGCUUGAGUUUGCUGGCCAAGUUGGCAACGUAGCCCCUCCGAGGUGUGCAGGGUGCCCGUGCUCCAAGCAGGCCAUCUCCUCGCUCUGCCGGUGAGGGAUGCCUUUGCCUUUCCCAGACCCAGAGAACGUCUUUCUCGCCCCCGGCGGAAUCUUUCUCCGGGGGUCUCCAAGCUGACCCUUCCCCCCCGGGGCAGGGCCAUGAGGUGAGCGUCCCCCGCCUGCCAGGGCCCCGCCGCGGGGGCAGCAAUGGGCUGGCACAGGCGCCCCCCGCCCUCCCGAGGGGCCGGGGGGGGCCGGGGCGGGCCGGGGGCGGUGCUCGGGGCAGGGGCGGUGCCCCAGGGGCCCGGUGACGCGCGGAGGCCGGGCUCUGACGUCACAGAGCCCUGCCGGGCCCCGCCCGGCGCUGGAGGGCUGUGCCGCGGGCACCGCUUCAGCAGUGCCGGCAGCGGCAGCGGCGCGGGGCAGGCGCAGGGGGCCAUGGCCCCCACCCGCCUCCUCCUCCUCGUCCUGGUGGCCCUGCAAGCCCGGCGUGUCAGCGGUGCGCGGUGGCGAGCGCGGGGAUUAGGCGUGCGGGCAGCUGUGCCCGUAGCCAGUGGCCACCCGAAUUCUCCGCCGGAUCUUCUCUGGGAGCCUCAGGGCGAUCCCACAGACGUGGCUGGAGGCGAUGGCUACCCAGCUUCCCAGCCUGGCUUCCAGGGCUGA